AUGGAUUCUACGAAUCCAUAUUAUCAGUCUUCUUCUUACUUAAACUUGCUUAACAGUCAAGAAUCCGUUGGUAGAAAUGAAAACUUUUCUUUUGAAAGUUAUCAACCGUCUGGACAGAACAGCUCACAACCUUCUGAGGUGCCACCUCUUUCUCAAGAUACACCAGUGGAGCGCAAGGAGAGAAAGACAUGGGCACCUGCUGAUGAUGAAGUCCUGAUCUCUGCAUGGCUCAACACUUCAAAUGAUGCCAUUGUGUCUAAUCAACAAAAGGGAGGAAGCUUCUGGACGAGGAUUAGCCGGUACUAUGCUGACACUCCUCAUGCUAGAAAUAGUGGUGAACAGAUGCUGGUGACACAUUGCAAGCAGCGUUGGCACAAGAUAAAUGACCAUACUAACAAGUUUUGUGCGGCAAUGGCUGCUGCAGAGAGACUGAACAGUUCUGCUCAUUCGGAAAUUGAUAUCCUAAAGAAUGCACAUGAAAUCUACUUUGCUGAGCAUAAGAAGAGGUUUAACCUUGAACAUUGUUGGUGUCUGUUAAAGAAUGAGCAGAAAUGGCUAAGCCUUAAUGCUAUUAACACGCCUCCAUCUCAGCCUGCAACAAAGAGGAAACCAGCUGCCGAAGGGGUCAAAGCUGCAAAGGCAAAAAGAAACAAUGCUCAGUCCACAAACACGAAGAGUCUUGCUGAGUAUAAGAGCAUGUGGGAUGUCAAGAAAGAGGAAUUGGCUGAAAAGGAGAAACUACAGAAGCUGGCCAUUCUAGACACUCUCUUAGCCAAAAAAGAACCCUUGAAUGCGAGUGAAGAAAUUAUUAUGAACAAGAUAGUGUCUCAGUAUUUCUGA